AUGUUAGAAACACGUUCAGCUAUUUAUAAGAUGAUAGAAGUAGCACGUGAUGACAGACAAAUUGAUAAUUGGCCACCACCAUUUUUGUCCGAUAUAACAGAAUAUAAUGAAAAAGAUUUUGAUACAACUGUUAGACGUUCAUGUGAAAGAAAAGAUUUAACUUUAAAAAUGGCAAAGGCAAUCGUAAUCGGUGACGUUUCGGUUGGAAAAUCAUGUCUAGUUAAUCGAUUUUGUCAUAAAAUAUUUGAUAACAACUAUAAAGCAACAAUUGGUGUAGAUUUUGAAGUAGAAAGGUUUGAUAUUCUUGGAGUACCUUUUCACUUUCAAAUAUGGGAUACUGCAGGUCAAGAAAGAUUUAAAUCUAUAGCUGCAUCUUAUUACAGAGCUGCAAAUGUGAUUAUAGUCGUUUUUGACUUGACCAAUUUGAUAUCUUUAGGACACUGUCAACAAUGGUUAAAUGAAGCUGCUAAAAGUAACACAGAGCCAUAUUAUAUAUUUUUAGUAGGCACAAAACGAGAUUUAUUGUCUAAUCAAGUAUAUAGAAUAAUAGAAAAACGAGCGUGCGAAGUAGCGCGAAAAAUGAAAGCAGAAUUUUGGGCUGUUUCUGCUAGAACUGGAGAUGGAAUAACAGGAUUAUUCAAAAGAGCAGCUGUAUUAUCUUUUCAUGGUAUAAUUCAACAUGAAUUGCAAAAUAUGAAACCAAAAUCAAUCAACAUUGGUUCUGAUUUAAUAAUGAGCGCAACACAACCUAAAGCGAUAAGAAUGGCAGAUUCUCCGGUGCUGGAGAACGAAGACAAGACAGAGAUUCUGGACGAACCACUCUUCAAUACCCUCGACAUUAUACUCCUUAGUGCUCUCUUAUUAGCUGCACUAUGGUGGUUAAUGCGCCGCAAUAAACAAGAGGAAUACACGCCUGUUACGAAAUCCUAUUCUAUUCAACCAACGCUGUUUCCUGCGGUACAAGCAUCAGAAAAUUCAUUCAUAAAAAAAUUAAAGACUUCUGGAAGAAGUUUGGUAGUAUUUUAUGGUAGUCAAACUGGGACUGCUGAAGAAUUUGCUGGUAGACUGGCCAAAGAAGGUAUCCGGUACAAAAUGAAAGGAAUGGUAGCUGAUCCUGAAGAAUGUGAUAUGGAAGAGUUAAUACAUCUGAAAACAAUUCCAAACAGUUUAGCAGUAUUCUGUUUAGCUACAUAUGGAGAAGGUGACCCCACAGACAAUGCUAUGGAAUUUGUUGAUUGGUUAAAAAAUGGUGAUGCUGAUUUAAGUGGAUUGAACUACGCUGUAUUUGGUCUUGGAAAUAAAACAUAUGAACAUUAUAAUGAGGUAGCUAUAGAUGUUGAUCGUAGAUUAGAACAACUUGGUGCUACUCGUGUCUUUGAACUUGGAUUGGGAGAUGAUGAUGCUAAUAUAGAAGAUGAUUUUAUCACAUGGAAGGAUAAAUUUUGGCCAACAGUUUGUGACUACUUUGGUAUUGAAGGUGCAGGUGAAGAUGUUAGUAUAAGACAAUACAAACUAACUGAGCACAUUGAUUUACAAACUGAACGCAUUUAUACUGGAGAGAUAGCUCGUCUUCACUCAUUUAAGAAUCAGAGAGCACCAUUCGAUGCAAAAAAUCCUUAUUUAGCUCCAGUAAAAGUGAAUCGUGAACUUCAUGGCCCAAUUUCGGAAAGGUCAUGCAUGCAUAUAGAAUUUGACAUAGAAGGAUCAAAAAUGCGAUACGAAGCUGGUGAUCAUUUAGCAGUAUAUCCUGUAAAUAAUGCAGAAUUAGUAAAUAAAAUUGGUGAAAAAUGUGGUGUAAAUUUAGAUACUGUGUUCACUCUUACAAAUACAGAUGAGGAAUCUACAAAAAAACAUCCAUUCCCUUGCCCAUGUUCUUACAGAACUGCUUUGACGCAUUAUUUAGAUAUUACUAGUAAUCCACGCACUCAUAUUCUUAAAGAAUUAGCAGAAUAUUGCAAUGAUCCAAGUGAUAAAGAAAAAUUGAAGUUAAUGGCAUUAACUAGUGCAGAAGGUAAAGCUGCUUAUCAACAAUGGAUAGUUCAAGAAAAUAGAAAUAUUGUACACAUCUUAGAAGACAUUCCCAGCUUAAAACCAGCAUUGGAUCAUCUUUGUGAACUUUUACCAAGAUUACAAUGUCGAUAUUAUUCAAUUUCUUCAUCUCCCAAGUUAUAUCCAACAUCGAUUCAUAUUACUGCAGUUGUAAUAGAAUACAAAACACCUACUGGUAGAAUUAACAAAGGUGUAACUACUAGUUGGUUAAAAGAAAAACAUCCUUCAGAUCCACCAUGUUACGUCCCCAUUUUCGUGCGAAAAUCUCAAUUCCGUUUACCAACUCGAAUGUCGACUCCCAUUGUCAUGAUUGGCCCAGGCACUGGUAUAGCACCAUUUAGGGGAUUCAUACAAGAACGUGAUCUUGCAAGGAAAGAAGGAAAAGAAGUAGGAAAUACAAUUUUGUAUUUUGGAUGUAGGAAACGAGAUGAAGAUUAUCUUUAUAAAGAAGAUCUCGAAGAAUAUGUAAAAAGCGGUACAUUAGUAUUACAUACUGCAUUUAGUAGAGAACAGUCUCAGAAAGUAUAUGUUACACAUUUAUUAGAAAAGAAUAAAGACGAGUUAUGGAGUGUUAUUGGUGAACAAAAUGGGCAUAUUUAUGUGUGUGGUGAUGCAAAAAAUAUGGCACGUGAUGUACACAAUAUCUUAUUAAAAGUUGUAAUGGAGAAAGGAAAAAUGUCGGAAUUAGAUGCUGCAAAUUAUGUAAAGAAAAUGGAUUCACAAAAACGUUACUCAAGUGACGUAUGGAGUUGAAUGACAUUAUUUAACUUAAUUUUAUAAAUAUUUAUAAGUUAAAUUGUUUAUGCAAAUUUUUUAAAAAUGUGCCUUUAUGAAAAAGGCUAACGGUAAUCAUCUUCGUACAGUUGUACGAUAUGCAUGUAAUCGUUUAAAAUACUAAUUAAUAAUUAUAGACACCAGCAAAAUCAUAC